AUGGGCCAAGGCAGCUUGCUCACGUUAUCUGCCUUUGAGGGCAUGAGGAAACUUGCGGACGGGUCCACCAUCCAAGACCAGAUAGCUGCCUCUAACUUGAGCGAGGAUCACAUCAUGGACAUCCUGCGCAGCGCAUGGUGGACUAGACUGUGGGUAUACCAGGAAGCGAUGCUUGCAAAGAUCCCCAUCGUGCACUCAGGCUCAGCGCAGAUACCCUUCUGGACUCUGAUUCGAGGGCUGAGGGCUGUGCGACACGCAGCUCUCAACGGCUGGUUCCCUUUAGCACAAAGAGACCAAUGGGUCAUGCAGCUUGACGCGGUCAUCCACAGCUACAACGUCCAGCUUCGAUGUUUCAGAUGA